AUGCCUCUCGAUUCACUCGAGGCUCGAGCUUGUCAGCAUCCAGUUGCUGAGCUAGUUUCACAAGCGAGGAAGACUUUCAAUAAGAGCCUCCAAACUCAAUCAAAGACGUUGGAAGAGGCGGUGGUGGAGUACCAACGGAGGUAUAAGAUGCCUCCGCCUCCCCAUUUCGAUGAAUGGUAUGAGUUCGCGAAGUCGCGAGACACCGUUUUAAUUGAUGAGUUCGACACGAUAUACCAUAGCCUUCUCCCUUUCUGGGGACUCUCACCUAGCGUGAUACGUUCUCGUGUAAGGGAGGAUCUGGGGUUCGUCAAUAAAACCUUCGUGAUGGGUAUCUCCAUCCGCAAUGGAGAAGUUUUUGAUUUCGGGAAGGGUCAAGGAGGAUUCCAAAGAGAGGCGACAGUGAAUAUUUUGAAUAAAUUUGUUCAAUGGUUACCGGAUAUGAAUCUCCAAUUCAAUGCCCAUGACGAGCCGCGAGUAGUGGUUCCACAUGAGCAAUUGAAUAGAUUUAUUGCCAAGGGCCGUGAGGUACAAUCCAGCCUGAAUUCCCACUUGAAAAUUUCAAGCCAAUUUUCACCGGGCGACAAUGACGCUAUAUUACCUGUUUCCAUGAGUAGAUGGAUCAAUAUCGAAUUCCAGGAAACAUGGCUCCACUCCCGACUAUCUUGUCCACCAGAGUCUCCUGCUAUGUCGUUGGAUGGCGAUGCGCCAGAUAAUACAGCUGCGUAUGCCAUGGAGCCCUGGGGCUUCGUAUUCAAUCAAACUGCCGCAAGCGAUAUGUGCAAUAGUCCGUCAUUAAGGCAUCGCCUCGGGGUUUUCCAACGUCCUAAUUCGUUCAAGCUGAGCAAUGAGCUCGUCCCCAUGUUCUCCAUGUCGCAUCCUUCCUCAUUCCAGGAUAUCGGUAUUCCGUCACCAUUCUACUACACAGGUGGGGCGAGAUUUGAUCCAGAGAGCUCUGUGCCAUGGGAGGAGAAGAAACCCCAGCUCUAUUGGCGGGGACGAACUACUGGUGGACAUAGCCAGGGAGGUAGCUGGCGUUAUUUGCAACGACAGAGAAUCAUCGAGGCUUUGAACAAGCCGCAAUCACCGCAUAAUGUGAUGCAUCAAAAGUCGGGAGCUAAGUGUGCUUCAAAAGGACACUCUAAUUGGGAACUACAAGAGGCGGACCAAUCAGUAAAUGAUUACUUCAACGCUCAUUUUACGGAUAUCAUCGACUGCGAUGCGGACUGCACAGAAGAGAAAGAGUUCUUCGAGACUGUCGAAAAGGAGCCCCAAAGCAAUGCAUGGCAAUACAAAUAUCUGCUUGAUAUGGAUGGCCACGCAUACAGCGGUCGGUUCUAUGCUUUCUUGCGUAGUAAGAGUGUCCCCUUCAAGAUGACAUUCUUCCGUGAAUGGCAUGAGAAUAUCAUAAUCCCAUGGGUCCACUAUGUUCCCCUUCACAAGGAUGGCAUUGAAAUUGCCGAACUGGUUCGCUUUUUCCAAGAAGAUCCAACUGGCCAGGAGAUUGCAAAGUCUAUUGGAGAGGACGGCUCAGCAUGGGCGGACCUGGCGCUCAGAAAUGAAGAUAUUGAAGUUUUUAUGUUCAGGCUCAUGCUAGAGUAUGCCCGUGUUCAAGAUGAUAAUAGAGAGUGGCUUGGCUUUCAAUUGCCAUGA